UUCCUGGAAAGCCAGUGACCAUGAGCCCGGGACUGCCCACCACUCCUUCUCCCUCCUCAGGCAAUUCACAGCUGGUGCUUGGAAUUGUAAUUACCUUCGGCCUGCUGGGGCUGGUGCUGAUUGCAUAUUGUUUGUGGAAGUUCCACCGUCAAGGUUGUGGAGUGGACCCCAAGUGCAUGGAAAAAGUCUUUUUCUGGUGCUCACAUCCCCCAAGAGGGCCUGAGCCUCUGGACAAUGCUCGCAACAACAUGCUGAUCAACAGAGAAUCACUGUCCACUGUGGUCUCUGAGCAGGAGACAGAAGACAGAGAGCAGGCCAACCUGAGACAUGUUAUGGUGCAGUCCCCGGGGGAAGCAGAGCGUCUGCUGGAAGCAGCAGGAGCGAAAGAGUCUCAGAUGAGGAGGAUGCUGGUUCCAGCUAAUGAUGUGGACUCCAUUGAAGGCCUGAGGAUGUUCUUCAAUUACUUUACAAGCGUCGUGCCCUAUGAUUACUGGGAUGCAGUCAUGAGGCAGAUGGGCCUGACACAAAAUGAGAUCCUUAUGGCCAGAGACAAAGCCCGGGCCCCGCGGGAUGCCUUGUAUGAAAUGCUGGAGGCCUGGCUCAGCAGCAAGGGGCGGGAAGCCUCCAUCAACACCCUGCUGGACGCCUUAGAAACACUGGGGCAAAGAUGUGCAAAGGAGAAAAUCCAGAACUGGCUGGUGGGCUCAGGAAAGUUUGUCUAUGAAGUAGGUGAAGAAGGCUCUGCUGUGUCCUGAGUGUAAAAGAAUGUAAAAGCAUGAUUGAAUAUCAACGUGAAACAAACAGCCGGUACUUGACCAAUACUUGAAGGAAGCCUAUCAUCUGAUAUAUACAACAGAUUUAAAAGUUCUGAAAAGUUUUGAUAAGAUGGGAGUAAUUUUUAUGAAAUGUUAUUGAUAAAUGGCAUUUGAGUUAUUGAUAGAUAUUUAUGUUUGUAUAUAUACGAAGAAUUGAUUUAGGAUGUCAUUCAGUCCAGGGCACUUUUUGUCAUCCUAAUAGAAUUGCACUUUUUACUUCUAUUUUAGGUAUUGUUGGAUCCAUCCAUGGCUUAAUAUUGCGUGAUGUACAUCUUUCUAUUUUUGUAUUUUGGUGAAUAUUUAUAUGGCCAUGGAAAAGCUUUUGGAAAUGUACUUAACUGAGUUGACUAUGUGGGUUCCCUAAAUGAGAGCAGGCAAGCAUAAAAUGAGUAGAAAUACAAAGGGAAGAGGAAGAAGCCCAUCAGAUGGGGCGCACUGGUGGGAUCAGUUCUCCUUCAAAUGCAGUUUGACUUUGUCUAGGAUUAGAUGACUAGCAACUUCUAAAGUACCCGUCAUUUCCAACUGACAAUUUUGUAGGUGUGGGAUUAUUUAUAUUAUUUAUUGGUAGAUGUUUACAAAUGAGUAGAGAAUGACAAAUGGUAUUAUUGGUAGAUGUUUACAAAUGAGUAUCGAAUGAAAUGGUAUUAUUGAUAUUUACAAAUGAGUAGAGAAUGACAAAUGAUAUUACUGAUAUUUACAAGUGAGUAGAGAAUGACAAAUGGUAUUAUUGAUAGAUGUUUACAAAUGAGUAGAGAAGUGGCAACCACAUGCAGCCCUUUGUCUAGUGUCUGUGAACUGGGCUGUCAUGCUUGGGCCUCCUCUGCUCAUCUAUGGUCCUGGGUGGGGAGGGUGGGACAUGGCUUAGAUGUGAGGCGUCACAUAGUCUCUAUGUCAGAUGCCUUUUCUGGUCUUGUUAGUGAACCUUCAGUUCCUUCUGGGCUCAGGGGAGGGAGGACAGGGACCUGCUCCCAGUGUCUGCCCUGGUCGCAGGGAGGAAGAGUGGAUCUUGCUCAUGGACUGUGUUCAGUGUUGGCUGACUCAGCCCUAUAUUGGCCUUCUCACUUCUGGUGGUCUGUGAAUCUCAGUCCUAGAACUACCUUUUUUAGGGUACAGAUUUCAAUAUGAGGAGCUUAAUGCCUCUGUAAGCAUAUGACUUCUGCAUGAAAGACAUAACAUGAAUACCAAUUCUUUUUUCUUUUCUACCAUUGGAAGGUAUACUUCUUUUUUGCAAUUUUCCAUUUUUAAAAAUUGAAAUAUAGUUGAUUUACAAUAUUGUAUUAGUUUCAAUUCUCACAGGGCCUCAAAGUCUUAAACUUCAGGUUUGCUCUUGUAUCACUUACUUUUGCAUUUGCACAAUAUUGUAUAUGUUACAGGUGUAGAAUAUAGAGAGUCACAAGUUUUGUUGUUGUGGGGGGAAGGUAGUUGGAUUUACUUACUGUUUUAUUUUUAGAGGAGUUGCUGGGGACUGAACCCAGGACCUUGUAUAUGCUAAGCAUGCACUUUACCACUUGAGCUAUACCCUCCCCCCAUUCAUCUGUUGAUGAACACUUAGGUUGC